AUGGCUGCAUGGUUGUCCCAGAGUGUAAUGUGGAGGAAAGGCUCCUGGCUGCUGCAGUGUCCUAUCGCUGUGGCCCGGGUCUACUCCAGGAGGGUGGAAAGUGACUCCUCUGCCCCUGGGCACCUCUAUACCUUCCAGGACAAGCCUCGGACUGUAGAGGACCUCCCACGUGUCAGUUUCUUGGAGCUGAUGUACAGACUGACUUUUCAGGGUUUCCUCAGCCGUAUACAUGAGCUACAGAUCUAUGAGAAACAGAGACACGGGCCCAUAUACAAAGACGCAUUAAAGUCAGUGUGCGUUACUACUCCAAAGCUGCUGGAGGAAAUCAUGAGGAAUGACGACAAGUUCCCUAACCGAGGAGACAUGUCUCUGUGGCAAGAGCACCGCAACUUGAGAGGAUUUGGCUACGGACCUUUUACAGAGAACGGGGAGAACUGGUACAAUGUCAGAACGGUGCUGAACAAGCGCAUGCUGCAUCCGAAGGACUCUGCACAGUAUGGCGACACUCUCAAUGGCGUUGUUACAGACUUCAUCAAGAGGAUGUACUACUUGCGUCAAUGCAGCCCCACAGGAGAUUUGGUGACUAAUAUGGCCAAUGAGCUCUAUCAUUUCUCACUAGAGGCUAUUGCCUCCAUACUGUUUGAGACGAGGCUUGGGUGUCUGGAAAAGGAAAUCCCUGCCGGUACACAAGACUUCAUCAACUCAAUAUCCAAGAUGUUCUCCAACAACUUUGUUGUGAUGUUGCUGCCCAAGUGGAGCCGCGGUAUACUGCCCUACUGGGGGCGUUACAUUGAAGGCUGGGAUGGUAUCUUUAGCUUUGCUACGAAGUUGAUUGACAAGAAGAUGGAGUUCAUUCAGCAAUGCUUGGACAACAACGAGGAGGUCAAAGGCGAAUACCUAACAUACCUCCUCUCAAACACUCAGAUGAGCACUAAAGAUGUGUAUGGCAACAUCACCGAACUACUUUUAGCUGGAGUGGACACGACCUCCAACUGCCUCACAUGGACUUUACACCUGCUGUCCAUGGACCCUAAAAGUCAGGACAGACUUUAUGAAGAAGUGUCCACAUUCGUACCAGCAGACCAAAUACCUUCUGCUGCAGAUGUCACUCGGAUGCCAUAUUUAAAGGCUGUUAUCAAGGAAUCAUUGAGGAUGUACCCUGUGGUUCCUAUGAACGGAAGAGUCAUAGCAGACAAGAAUGUUACGAUUGGUGGAUAUCAGUUUUCAAAGAACACCCAUUUCACGCUCGGUAACUACGCCAUCAGUCAUGAUGAGGAUACAUUCCCAGAAUCAUUCACAUUUAAGCCGGAGAGGUGGCUCCGUGACUGCCAUGACAGGCCAAAUGCCUUUGGCAACCUCCCGUUUGGCUUUGGAGUGAGAGGCUGCGUUGGUCGACGGAUUGCUGAGCUUGAGAUGUAUUUGGUUCUGUUUCGACUGAUCAGGCAGUUUGAGGUCAAACCAGACCCCACAAUGGGAGAGUUGAAAUGCAUCAACCGCACUGUUCUGAUACCAGACAAACCAGUAAGCCUACACUUUGUGGACAGAGUAAGUCAAAACACAGCUUGAUUUGCUUUGCAGAUCGGUUUGAAUGUAAUUGUUACAUGUAACAAGGACAACAAGGACUGCAUGGAGCAACUGAGGAACCACCGAGCAUCAUAUAUAUUGAUAAAAAAGAUGACAUAGAUGUACUGUACAUCACACUUUUCUAAGAAUCAUUCAUUCUUAUCUUCAGGCUUUAUACUUGGAAUAAAGUAACAUUAGCAUUUUGCUAUUUCCUACUUGGCUCACUUCAUUCAAAAUGACAGAAAAAAGUGGAGGCAAGGAUCUGUGUAAAGCUUCUGCAUUGUGUUUCAUUGUGUGUGUCUAUCCCUAUUUUUGG